AUGAAUAUCCGUUGCGCUAAGCCCGAGGAUCUGAUGACCAUGCAGCACUGCAAUCUGCUUUGCUUGCCAGAGAACUACCAGAUGAAAUACUAUUUCUACCACGGUCUCACCUGGCCGCAGCUAAGCUACGUGGCGGAAGAUGACAAGGGCAGCAUCGUGGGCUAUGUCUUGGCCAAAAUGGAGGAACCGGAGCCGAAUGAGGAAAGCAGGCACGGCCACAUUACCUCGCUGGCGGUGAAGCGUUCCUAUCGUCGCCUGGGUCUGGCCCAAAAGCUGAUGAAUCAGGCCUCCCAAGCCAUGGUGGAGUGCUUCAACGCUCAGUAUGUGUCACUGCAUGUACGGAAAAGCAAUCGGGCUGCGUUGAAUCUAUACACCAACUCCCUGAAGUUCAAGAUCAUUGAGGUGGAGCCGAAAUAUUAUGCGGAUGGCGAAGAUGCUUAUGCCAUGCGUCGCGAUCUUAGCGAGUUUGCCAGCGAGGAUCGGAUCAAGUCGAAAAAUGCCGGCGAUGAAGAGACGUCUGGUGGCGAUAAGGGCUCCCACAGAUCCGGUGGCCAUGGACACUCCCACAACCAUAGCGGGCACGAUGGUCAUUGUUGCUGAACAACUCAAUUUCUACACACGCUGGCGGCAUGUGUUUCGAUGGUUUUUUUGCAUUUUUAUGCACUAGGGUUUUGUAAUUAAUUAACAUUUAAAUUACGAUUAAACAGAAGAUAAUGACAAAGAAA